AUGAGUUUUACGUCCCAGGGGGGAUUUAUACUCUGUUCUAUCCAGAUACUCUCCUCCACCCAGAUACUCCCCAUAUCCAGAUACUCUCCUCCACCCAGAUACUCCCCAUAUCCAGAUACUCUCCUCCAUCCAGAUACUCCCCAUAUCCAGAUACUCCCCUCCAUCCAGAUACUCCCCAUAUCCAGAUACUCCCCAUAUCCAGAUACUCUCCUCCAUCCAGAUACUCCCCUGCAUCCAGAUACUCUCCUCCAUCCAGAUACUCCCCUGCAUCCAGAUACUCCCCAUAUCCAGAUACUCCCCAUAUCCAGAUACUCUCCUCCAUCCAGAUACUCCCCAUAUCCAGAUAUUCCCCAUAUCCAGAUACUCUCCUCCAUCCAGAUACUCCCCUGCAUCCAGAUACUCUCCUCCAUCCAGAUACUCCCCUGCAUCCAGAUACUCCCCAUAUCCAGAUACUCCCCAUAUCCAGAUACUCUCCUCCAUCCAGAUACUCCCCAUAUCCAGAUACUCUCCUCCAUCCAGAUACUCCCCAUAUCCAGAUACUCUCCAGCACCCAGAUACUCCCCAUAUCCAGAUACUCUCCCCCAUCCAGAUACUCCCCAUAUCCAGAUACUCUCCAGCACCCAGAUACUCCCCAUAUCCAGAUACUCUCCCCCCAUCCAGAUACUCCCCAUAUCCAGAUACUCUCCAGCACCCAGAUACUCCCCCGUGUUCUCUUGGGUUUCAUAUGAGUUGAAUGCCACAAAUUUGUUAGCAGUUUGUAUAGUCUUUACACAGGUUGAACUAUUCUGACGUGAGAGCUGGGCUUAACACGGGGGUAAAACUGCUUUGUGGCCGAGGAUGUCCUCCUACACUUUCUAACAGCGUGGAAUUAACUGAAAGACGAUCCUCUCUCCUGCCAUCCAUGACGACGUUUCCCCAUUUAGGGGCAACGAAUGCCUACCUUGCCGGGCUUCCCCCACCGGGGGUCUUUCUAUACAAGCUUGGCGAGGGCUCCCAUUGCAGUUUGGGCUCAUCUUAGACAGUACAAAAGCCCUGGUAUUCCAAAUGGGAUUGAUACCAAUCUUUAACUCACCUCCGCUGAAAAAUGAGGUGGUCUUCAGUAUGUCCCCACGCAGCACGGGCAGGCUCACCGAAAGCUCUUAAAAUCAUUAACUGGAGAAAAGCAGUUUCAUGGGGACGCUUCAUCUCGUCCCUGCUAACGGCAUUCAGAGCUGCCGCCCGUAGUGGAAGCGGGUUUCACGUGAAUGUCUCCUCACGCAAAGGUAGGGUGUCGCGGUACCUCUGUCAGCUCCCGGCACAAACGGCCUCACCUGGGGAAACAGGUGGGGUGGAGGGGUCGGUCUUCCCUGCUUCUGAGCUCAGAAACUGUUCCAGCAAGUUCAGGGAUGGGCACCUGACCAGUCCCCAAGACAACGAGGAUGCAACACCUUCCCACGCCCCUGGCAUCUCGAGAUACCGAUGGGAACUGUCACCUGGCUCUUUCUGGCUCCUUCUGACUUUGACACCGCUGAAAACUUUGUAAACGUGGGUGGGAAAAAUGAUGAGAACCCUUGGCAUUUAUUUAUCUUAUCCAUGCAUUCCUUAUUCGUUCAACAAACACCUGUUGGAUGCUACCAGGGGUCCCUUGCACAGUGAGCAACAUAUGCCUCCUUACAGAGCUAGAGAAUGGGGCUCCUGUCCUCCCAAAUUCAUCGCUGAGGAUUGUCUUUGAGGUCUGAUGCUGCAUACCGACUUGCUUUAUAUUAACAAAAAGAUACAUACAAUCUUUAAUCAUUCUGUGAAUAACAUCGACAUUUUUGUAAAUGCUGUAAUUCUAUCCACAGAAAUGGCCCAUUCCACAAAAAAGCAGAAUAGUAAAAACAUGGUUUUCUUUUUAAAAGUAUGUCAGAUUAUGGGUCACUUACAAAUAAAUCUAUCCUUUUAAGAAAUAAUAUGUCAACAAGCCUUAUUUUUUAGGGGAGGGGGUGGAUGUCUAUCUUUGUUGGUCAUUUUAAUUCCACACGGACGUAAAAAUAAACAGGUGACUUUAUUAAAAGUGGAUGUUUUGAAAAAUCUA